UUUGCCGCCUGGAGGCGCACCUUGUUGACUGCCGUAUGACUACGUACUGUUAUCAGCCACUUUCACAUCAACGGGCUGUCCGUCUGAUUAUAUUCCACCCGAGUCUCGAGGACAACGCGCCUUUGUCCUGUAGCCUUGUUGAGACCAGUUUAGAUCAGCCAGAAGACUACUACGCCCUGUCAUAUACCUGGGGCGGGGAAACACCAAGUCAACCCAUGUUUAUUCACGACGACGCGGCAUCAGAUACUUCCGAAUCCUCAACUGCAACCAUUCUCGUCACUCCAAAUUGCGCUACUGCUUUGCGAAGGUUGCGGAAACUGGUUCAAGGAACAGGAACUGGGAUUUGGGUGGAUGCCGUAUGCAUCAACCAGGCCGAAACCGAAGAGAAGAACGUGCAAGUGAGCAUGAUGGCAGAUAUAUAUCGCCAGGCGAAGUUUGCGAUCGUUUGGCUGGGAGAGGAAUGGGCACCAAAGGACAUGAAGACAAUAUCAUUCUUGUCGCACCGAAGACUGGCUUGGAUCGAAGACCUGAGAAAACCCCCAAGUUCUGGAUUCGAAAAGAUAUUGCCAAAGGACCUUAAGUUCUGGAUUUCAGACAUGGCAAGUCGAACUUUUGUCAAAGCCUGCCGUGACAAGGAAAGUCUUGAGCUUUUGUGCGAUGCGCCCUACUGGACUCGAGCUUGGACUCUACAAGAGGUUGCACAUGUCAAUGUCAAAGUCUUGUGCCAAGAUUCUCAAGUUAUAGGGCUGAACUUGGUGUACAAGGCACUCGAUAUGUUCGACAACGGACACGACAACAUCCGCAGUGAGAUGUGGUUCCAUCAGGACGUCUUCAACAGAGCUCAGAAACCACAUCUCUUGUUUGUCUUCAGAAAUAUUCAUCUGUAUAGGGCAGCAGAUUUCAUAUCAAUGAAGACCUCUGACCCGAGGGACAAGGUGUUUGCAUUACGAAGUCAAUACCCUCAUACAUUCGGCAAGGUAGAAGUUGACUACAAUCGUUGCGCUGCGUCCAUAUUUACGGAAGCAACUAAGUACAUGCUUCAGGGGCACGAGUCAUCGAACGUUGUGUAUGAGGCAAGUCGCUGGUCAGCAUUGAAAGACUUGCCAUCUUGGGCGGUCGACUGGGCCGGCAACGACAUUCCGGAGCGAUUUUGGAACUACAGAUCGCUAGCGUUUAUGUUCAAGCCAUCCCGCACCAGCCAGUAUCGGUGCAGAUUCUCGGAAGACAACAAAAAGCUUUACUUGGAAGGGCGAAUCCUUGGGGGAGUAGACAGCGCACACAUUGGGCCCAGGCUUCACCACCCGUCCGAGCCAGAAGCCAAAGACAGGAGGACUUGCAGCCCAGCUGUUGCAAAUGCAGUUCUGGGUGCAAUCUCUAUCUGGAUAUCCGAGCUGAGUGCCCCGAAUGCCAAAGAUUCGAGAGAGAAACCAGUCGCAUCUCCAGACCAGACUAGGAGGAUGCAAAGUUUCACGCAUUUGAUAUCGCUUCUUAGCUUCGAAUCGAGGGGAGUGAGGCUUAGAAGAAAGCCUCGUGCAGUGAAGAUCAAACACUGGAAGGCCUCUCAGGACGAAGACUUUGCGGACUACUUCAGGACGGGAAGGGCAUUUUUCACGACGAAUGGUACUUGUGGAAUUGGUCCCUGCGGCCUCGAGCCGGAUGACUUGAUAUGCGUUUUUGCUGGGCUCACGUUACCAUUCAUUGUUCGCCCCCAGGGGUCGAGUUUCGUUCUUGUGGGACCCAGUAUCAUUGACGGUGUAAUGGAAGGAGAAUAUUGGCCGGAAGAUGAGAGCCAGUUGACUGAAUUUGAAAUCAUAUGA